AUUUCUUUUGCAGAGAAAUAUUUGAAUUUCUUUAAAGCUGUUGUGGAAUUGCAGUCUUUCCCUGUUGCUGUGGUUUAUUUCAUCCUUAUUGUAGCAUCUUUGCUGUGGAAGAAGUUCACUUCACCUCUAGGAUUGCACAAGGUGGCUUUUCAAACUCUUAAGUUUUUGCCAAUGAUUCAUUUUCUUGCAGUGUGACCACCUAACUAACCAAGGCCACCUAGACAAAUUCUACCAACCUGAUCACCGGAAAUUAAAUAACAAGCGGGACGUUGGGGUUUAUGGUAGCUGUGUGGUAUCAAGCUUUUUUGCAAAGACUGGAUUUCAUUAAUUUUGAUUUUAAUUUGUGGUGUUGUGUUAUCAUCUAGCCUUGUGGUAUGCGGUUUCAAUGUUUUGGCUCAUGGUGUUGGGUAAAGAAGUCAUCCUUCACUGUAUUGCUGUACUGUUCAUUUUUGCUCUGACUCCUGUCUGAUACACAUCAAUACAACAUGCAACACAAAACACAGUAAGAUGUACAUGCAAGUCAAUAAAAGUAUAAUAUAUGUAAUAUGCAUACUGAAUAUUAAUGAGUUAUUAAAUUUUCUUUUAUGGUUUGUUUCAGGUGCUAGUGGGCUAUAACUUUCUCUGCAGUGUACUCAGUCUGUACUCUUUGGCCAUUAUUCUAAGGGCCUAUUAUAAUGCUGGCUUGCUUUACACAUUUGCCAUGGUGCAUGAUGCUGAAGUAAAACAUGCAUUCCUUAUCUACUGGAUCACCAAGCAUCUUGAGUUACUGGAUACUGUGUUUAUGAUUGUAAGACACCGGCAAAGGCAAAUAACAUUUCUACAUGUAAGUUGCAGUGUGCAGUAAUACUAUUUUCCUCUUUGCUUAAUUCUAGCAACUGGACUAAGUAAUUAGGACAGCAAUCAGCUGGCCUGGCAUUUGUGUAAAAGGGAAUACGCUGUACAGUGGAACCCGGGUUAAUAUGGACACCAAGGGGACAAGCUAUUUGUAUCGAUAUUAAGCAGGCUCUCAGAAAAAACUAUACCUCACAGAGACAUCGUUUUAAUCUAUAUAAAGACUAAGCAGACAUUUCAACAAGAGAGCUUUGCUUAAUUUCUUAGCUAUAACUGAUACAUGUUCUUCCUAAAGAAAUCUAAGGAUCAUAUAUUAUAGUCACAGACUAAGGUCCUGAUAACAUGGAGGUAAGGGACCCCAGAUAGGUGAGGUAACAGGUGGUGGCCGGGUCACCCCACCUGUCAUGUAAAUGUGAUUAAGUUAAAAUAAGUAAUUAUAUGGACAGGCAGGUUACCACACCAAAGCGGGUUACCUCAUGUACCUGGGGUCUGGCGCCCACCUCCAUGUAAAUUAACAGGCCCUGAAAUUACGGUCGAAUCCCGAUAACUCGAACCUUCAAGGGAAAUGGAAAACAGUUUGAGUUAUCAGGAGUUCGAGUUAUCGAGGGUAAAAUUAUAUAGAAAACGAUCUGAAGGGAAAUGAAAAUUUCUUCGAGUUAGCGAGAGGUUUGAGUUACCGGGAGUCGACUGUACCUUUUUAAGUAUAGCUCUUGAAACAUGAGAAUGGAGACUGUCUGUAACUUAAUUAACCUUUGUACUGACGCUUUAAGGUCACCUUGGGCUCAUUGUUAUGCAUUUAUUUAAAGUGUAUGCACGAAGUACAAUGACUGAUAUCAACAGGUUUGAUAGUCAUAACUAGAAAAAAGAUGAGUGCAUAAUUAUUUUAAAUUAAAAUGUUCACGUGCACGUGUGGCACACAGACUGCAAACAAAAUGUUUAUUCAAAAGUAACAAGCGGGCUCUGAAUCAUCCUUGGAGACCCAGGGGCAGUCAGUCGGGCUGGGAGAAAAGGCGCGAUGAAAGUUUUCAAGCACGGGCGGAAGAACCCCUGGGUAUGGACUCGGUCAAGCAAAUACUGGCUCCUGAUUGGGCACAAGAAAUGCUUUGUAUUAUUGUGCCCAAUCGGUGAACAGCGUCUCCUGAGUUCUUUUUGUGAGUUCGUACAUGACUAUUGACUCGAUCACAGCUUGUCUGGCUCAUGCACCAAAGAAAUGCACACAGUCAGGAAACUUUCAGUUUGAUAUAAACUCUCCAUUUCAAAAUACUGUCUACCCGAAAACUAAAGACGCUUUUGCAAAAAUACAAGCUUGAGCGUUACAACAGGUAUUCACGCUUGCAUCGAUCAUGUCUUUGUAAAAAUUAGGGAGUUUAAGAUGCCACAACAACUGACAGCCACGAAAACAUCACAUGAAGAGUGAAUUCACAUUUUUUCAGUCUCUAUCAUGAUUAUUCCAACUCACUUACUUUAUUAAAUGUAAGCGAACUCUUCUGGAGCUGAAUUUCUAUCAACCAUAUCCAACUUCAUAAAGAGAAAGAAACCCUUGUCACUCAUUGCUUGUUUACGUCCUUCACAAAUCUUGAAACUAAGCAUUUUCACGUGGUAGUCCUUCAGUGACGGCAAAGAAAUGUACAACAAAGUGUGAUGCAUGUGCAAAGUUGUUGUUUUUCCUUGUCGAGCUGUUACUUUUUUUGAUUUCUUGUUGCCGACGCAUCUUAAACUUCCUAUUAUUUACGAUACAUUGUGAUCCAUCAGAAACUGAAUUUUCUCAGUGCAAAUUAAAUUGUUCCUGCUGAUAGCAUCCGAAAUGUUUUUCCACUCAUCGGUAGCUCCUUUGUCUGGUUAGGAAAGCUUGGUGAACGAACCGCGCAACUGUGGCAAGAUAAUAGCUGUCGUGUACGAACUCACGAAAAGAACUCAGGAGAAACUGUUUGCUGAUUGGGCACAAUUAUUACAACCUUUUUUUGUGCCCAAUGAGGAGCCAGCAUUCGCUUGACCAUUUGGAAAUGGUCCUGUGAGAGUCAGUACCCAGGGGCUUCCACCCAUACUUGAAGACUUUCAUCGCGCCUUUUCUCCUGGCCUGACUGACCUCCCCUGGGUCUCUGAGGAUGGCUCUGAAUCAAACCUUGUUGCAGUGAUUUUUAAUAACAUGUACAUAAAAAUAAGGAAAUCUUUAGAAAUUUCAAUCAAAUUUAAUACCGAAACUCUUUGUACAUUUUUUUUUUUGCCUCAAAGAUCCUUGAAAACAUCGCAGCUUAUAAACAAAAAAUUUAAAAGCAUCGAAUGUAUUUAAUUAACCGUAAUUACCAUAUUUACAUAUCUUGCUUGGAACUAGUGCUUUAGUUGGGACACCUUUGGGAGUCUUAAGAUUUGACUUUUGUCCAAGAAUUCAGCACAGAUACAAAACUUCACGAGCUGGCACUGCAGAGGGUUACAGUUGGUAGACUAGUGUGUUAUGUUUUGAGCGGAAUUAAUUUCAGGGAUGACAGAUUUUGCUCAUUUAAAUGAUUAUAUCUUCCUGGCAAACUUUAAAUUGCAAAAUCUGUUCAAUAUAUGACAUACUAGAUGUUUUGACUGAUCAUUUAUGAAUAAGUCUGUCCAUAUGUAUGUGCACCCCUUCAUGUAAGCUGAGGUGGCCACCCAGUCUUUUAGAGAGAAAAAACAACAUCAAUUUUGAUGUCUACACUGACUUUAAUAACAGAGAAAGAGCCAGAGCAGGGGGUUUCAAAAAGCAGCGACGCUGACGAAACGCGUCAGCUACUUCGCUCAUGGAAGUCGGCUCCUUUUUUCUAGAAAGAAGAUCGAAGCAACUGUUUUGAAUAACAUUGUAAACAAAAAAUAUAUCAAAAAAUUUGAAUGAAAACGUAAUUAUGAUGUGUUUUCGUAAAGGCCCACUGGUUUUAUGUUAUGCCUUAGUCAUGUGAACGCUAUAUUUCCAGUCAAUUUUCCCAGGUUUCUUUGUAGGUUAAUUUACACAGAAUUUGUUAACAUGCAAAAGUAUGUAAUUUAGUUUUCAUCACUUGUUCAUUGUUUCUAGGAGGUGAUUGUGACUGAUAAUUCAAAAGUUGAAUGAAAGCUAAUGUUUUCUUGAAUGAUAACCAUGCUCUUUUUUCCUCAAUUUAGUUCCCAGAACUCUGAAAAUUGCACUUUAGGGCUUUGAAAUGUCCUUUUGUUUCUUGGGAAGCACACCCUAGACACCCCCCACCCUCUUUCCCCUAGAAAAAGGGAGUAACAGCCCCUUUUUGAUACGGUCAGCUACUCUAUUCAAGCCUGCUGGCUACUUCAAUUUUUAUUGAAAUCCCUACUAGAGUGAGAGAUAAAAACAAAAGAGGUGAAUUUCGCUGGAAGAUAAAGGAUGAAAAUUUUAUUGCAGCAGCGGGGAAAUAAGAAGUGCUUUUGCCCACAAAGGUCGAAACGGGUAACUAGGAAGUUUCACGUUGUAGUGGUGCAAAACUGCGGCAAAGAAAUUGUCCAAAAAGGUGUGCUGCACAUGCAAAGUUGUUGUUCUUUUUGCUAAUUAAACCUAUUGAUUUUUGCCAUUCUUGUUGCCAUCACCAUUUAGCAUGCCAUUAUCUUAGUUUUUGUUUGAGUAAACCAUAAGUAUAUUAAUGAGCGCUUUGCUUCUAGCCCUGGCUAAAUCUAUAUCUUAUCUUGGUAAGCAGGUUUCUCUUGACCGGGGUUCCACUGCAUUGAACGCAGUAACAUAAAAGCUAGUAGUAGUUUACAAGCUUGAGCAAGACAGAAAUAGGUGAUGAUGGAUACAAGUUAUUUUGGAAAUCUUCCUUUUGGGUGUUUUAUCUAUGACGUAUUUCUCUUUGAGGUACCCCAUGGGAGUAUGUGGUCAUGUGGUCCCUGUUUAAGAUGAAUGGCUUUACAUUUUUUUUUUUUUUGGUGUAUAGCAUUUAUGCCAACUCUUUUGCUGUAUCGUCCAACAGUUUAAUCCCACAUAGGGCACAAAUCCGCCAAUCACCCUCACAUGACCACCAAAUCUCCUGGAUAAAAUAGCUUUUGUAUGCUUCAGUUUGGAAUUUAGCCCAUUUUUUCUAUGAUCUUCAAAAAUGUUUUCACUCAUAGCACUGUUUCUGUAUCAUUUUUGCAUGUAUUUAAUUACUGACAAGUCACUAGAGCAAUGUAUUUCUUCAUAGAAGUAAAUUUUUGUAGUCUCUUAUGUUGGGGGAGGGGGGCUGGGAAAUAGAUAAUAUGUUGAGUGAAUAGGGGUUACUGUAGCUUACAGAAUGUUGAGAAAAGUAAGGAAUAUUAUGUAGACAUGUAUAGGAUGAACACCAUCUAUAGUCAAUACAGAACCUGCUAUUGGGCAUUUAUAUAAAUGAGAAGUGAAGCAAAUAGCUAAUUACGACAUGGCCAUAAAUGUGAACAUAUAUCUAAUUACAACAUGAUAAGAAUUCUAGAGAAUAUAACUAAUAUCUUUUUACAGGUUCUGUACUGACAAUGGAUGUUGUUUAUCUGAAACAUGUCUACAGAAUUUAAAAGUCAACAGUCAUAACUUUUCUCAAAAUAUUAUUAUUUCUUUCCUGCUGGCACUAUGAAAAAUUUAGCUUAAAGAAUCAAUAUGAAGUGUAGUUAGGGCUUACCCUACCUUUGUAAUUAUUUUUGUGUUUUUUUAGGUUUACCAUCAUGCUUCAAUUUUGUUGUUAAGUGACUAUGCAUACCACCACACUCCAUGGCCAGCAAUUGGUGUGAUGUUGGGAAUGAACUCAUUUGUACAUGUAUUCCUUUAUUUUUAUUAUGGCCAAUCAGCUCUUUACCCAACUCAAAGACCACAAUGGAGAAAAACCUUGACACAGCUCCAAAUGUUUCAGUUUAUUGUUGGCAUUGUGCACUCAUCGUUUGGUUAUGCUCAUCAUGGAUUCUGCAUUUUUAGUAUAUUUUAUGGUUUUAGUAUGCUGGGAUUAUUCGGAAAUUUUUACUUUCAUGCUUACGUUAAAGCUAGGCAUGACAAAAAAAGUGAAUGA